CUUGCAAAACGAAGGGAUUAUGCAGUCUUUCGGCGAUGACACUUUACUUGCUUGCAUAAACGUUGAAAAGAAGCAUCAAAUUUUACAAAAGCAAACUGAAGGUAAAAUUCAAGAAUUGCAGGAAGAAAAUGUUAGUGAUCUUGGUAAAUAUUUCAAGUCGAACUCACUGCUGUCGGAAUUCGCGAACACACAGAACAAUGUGGAUAAAUUAAAGUCGUCUGAUUCUGAAACAAAAAAGAUAGAAGAAAAGAAGAUGUCUGUGAAGUAUUUUGAGGAUAGUAUUUUAUUUCCCGAAGCCAACAGCAGAAGGAAUUUAUCCCCGGCCUUCAGUGCUCAAAAAGGAAACAGCUUACCGUCCCAAAAAAAACGGAGUCCUCAUAGAACAAACAACAAGAAUGUUGAUACCAAUUUGAAGGAGAAACAUCGCCUUGAUAUAACUAACAGUACAAAGAAAUGCGAAAAAUUUAGUACUCAGGGUCUUUAUAAAAAUAAGUCUUCUAAUAACAUACAAAAUGCAAUAAGUAGUAGUGAUGUCAUCAGAUUAUCAGCUGUUAAUUCUACAUAUAAUGAAGAAAAUUCAGAAUUUGUUAUUUCAUCUCCACCUAUUGGCACUCAGGAUCGUUGUAAAUUGGCAUCGUGGGGUUUACCGCCAUAUAUUCUACAAAAAUAUAUUGCUCGUGGAGUAGAAGAAAUGUUUACAUGGCAAAUGGAAUGUUUGUCAAAUCAUCUAGUAAUGCAAGAGAGCAAGAAUCUUGUGUAUUCCGCACCUACCUCUGCAGGAAAAACUUUUGUCGCUGAAAUGCUAUUAAUUAAAACUGUUCUAGAAAAAAAGAAGAAAGUAAUCUUUAUCCUGCCAUUUGUGUCUGUUGUUAGAGAAAAGAUGUAUUAUUUUCAGGAUUUACUGUCUGACAUUGGAAUAAAAGUGCAUGGAUUUAUGGGAGGGAGUGUUCCACCUGGAGGAUUUGCCACUACUGACGUUGCAGUAGCUACUAUAGAGAAGGCGAAUUCUUUGGUGAAUCGUUUAAUGGAAGAGAACGAUUUGAGUAGCUUAGGAGCUGUGAUAAUAGAUGAAUUGCACCUACUUGGUGAUCCUAAUCGUGGCUACCUCUUAGAAUUGCUUUUGACAAAGUUGAAAUACAUGACUAUUCACAAUAAUGAUGUCAAUAUACAACUGAUAGGUAUGUCGGCCACACUGCCAAACUUAACUCUGUUAGCCAAAUGGUUAAAUGCAGAACUAUACAAGACUGAAUUUCGGCCCAUACCUUUAAAUGAAUAUUGCAAGAUAGGAGCAAAUAUAUAUGACAACAAAUUGACUCUUGUCAGAAAAUUAAUAGAAUCACAAGAAUUAGGAACAGAUGUAGAUAAUAUUCUACAGCUUUGUAUUGAGACAAUAAGCGCCGGUCAUAGUGUGUUGAUUUUCUGCCCCACAAAGAAAUGGUGUGAGAAAUUAGCAGAACAAAUUGCUACAGCUUUCUUCAAGCUAGGUUGUGGAGAUACAAAGUUUGGUGAGAUGUUAAAGAAAGAAAUAGAUUCCACAUUGAUCCAAGAAACUUUAGAACAAUUAAAACGCAGUCCAAGUGGUUUAGACAAUAUUUUAAAGAACACGAUUUCAUUCGGCACUGCGUUUCAUCAUGCUGGUCUCACGAUGGACGAGCGUGAUAUUAUAGAAGGAUCUUUCAGAACGGGAUCCUUGAGGGUUCUUAUAGCAACAUCAACAUUAAGUAGUGGAGUAAACUUACCCGCACGAAGAGUAAUCAUAAGAUCACCUUUAUUUGGUGGCAGUCCGUUAAAUACUUUAACUUACAAACAAAUGAUAGGACGUGCUGGUCGCAUGGGGAAAGAUAGUGCAGGAGAAAGUAUAUUAAUAUGUAAACCGAACGAACGUAAUGCAGCUGCAUCAUUGCUCUCUGCUGCUCUGGAUCCAAUUGAAUCUUGUCUCAAUGAUUCCACGUUAUUAAUAAGGGCGCUCUUAGAAGCGGUAGCUAGUGAAGUUCUAUACACGUACACAGAUUUACAGCUGUAUAUUAACUGUACUUUGUUAAGCUUGAAUGAACAAUCUGAUGUGCAAACAUUUUCUAAUGAAGCGAUAAAAUUUUUAUUAGAUAAUGAAUUUUUAUUAUUACAAACUACAGAGCGAGAAUCUAGGUGGGUGGCAACGCCGCUUGGAAAAGCAUGUUUGGCCGCGUCUAUACCUCCUAGAGAAGGGUUGUUUCUAUUUGAAGAAUUACAGAAAGCACGAAGAUGCUUUGUUUUGGACACUGAAUUGCAUGUGAUUUAUUUGGUUACUCCACUCUCGUCCGGAUGUCAAAUUGGAACGGUCGAUUGGAUGACGUUUCAUGAAUUGUGGAACAUCAUGUCUGAAAGCGAGCGCAGAGUUGGAAAGCUCGUCGGAGUAGAAGAGCGUUUUGUAUUAUCAGCUGUUAGAGGAAUUGUUAAAUCUGGGAAAUCGUUGAGUAUACAUAGAAGAUUCUAUAGCGCACUGGCAUUACAUGAUUUGGUUAAAGAAGUGCCACUUCAUGCAGUUUGUAAAAAAUAUGGAUGUUGUCGCGGAGUAUUGCAAACCUUACAACAAUCUGCUGCCACAUACGCAGGUAUGGUCACACAAUUUUGCAAGCAAUUAGGUUGGGAUUGCAUGGAAUUAUUGGUGAGCCAAUUUCAAACGAGAUUGCAAUUCGGCGUCUGCAGAGAAUUGUUAGAUUUGCUGCGAUUGCCAAUGUUAAAUGGCUUGCGAGCAAGAAGCUUAUAUAAACAAGGAAUAGAAACCGUAGCAGACUUAGCUAUUGCUAAUGAGCUUAACGUUGAACGCGCGCUUUACAAUGCACUCCCUUUUGAAAGCGAGAAAGAAUGUGAAGGAGAGUAUGCAUUUGAUGUGGAAAAGAGAAAUAAAAUGAGAACAGUAUUCGUCACUGGAAGAGAUGGUCUUACACCUCAACAAGCUGCAAUUUUAUUGGUUCAAGAGGCACGGAUGUUAAUUCAGAACGAAUUGGGGCUGGAACAGAUGCCAUGGGAACAAAAUGAACAAUCUCUACAAGUAAAUACAUGUGUCAAAAAUAUUGAAGAUACAUCUGACAUAAAAGAAAAAAUUCAGAGUUUGGAUGUAAAGAACUCUCCGAAAAUGAGAACAUCCAUUAUAGAAAAUUCAUUACAUGUAAAAUCGCCCAUGAGUAACGAAAAUCAAAAGGAAAAUAAUCCCAAACUUGACAUACGUAAAGAAAAUGAAACCAAUGUGUCCGACAAGAACGAAGUAAUUGAAUCGAACAGUCAACAUUUAUGUGAAGCUAAUUUGUUACCUAAAAUCUUAGAAGACGAUAGAAAUUCAUCUUUUCUCGACUUAAGUAGUCUCGACAUAAUAGCAAACGAUGAAUUAGAUAUUCCUACAGAAAAAAUAAUUUUUUCCGCGACUGAUAGCAGCACUAAAAUAAAGAGAAGUAGCAAAAAUUCAGAACAACUCAACUUUAUUACUAAUGAUAUACCCAACAAAAAGUUAAAAAUUUCCAGCAUAAAUGAGAAAAAUAACGAUGAAAAUUUGAUAAACAAAGACAAAAAUACAUUUAUUAUAAGCAAGGAUGUUAAACCAUCUUAUUCAAGGAGUCCCAGUCUAUUCGAUGAUAGUUUGAAUCUUGACACCCAAAUGUGCGAUAUUCUUGAGCAAAAUGUCAUGGAUAUCACGCAUUUGACGGGAUUAAAUUCUAAAGCAUUCGUGAGUGAAUUGGACGCCACGAAUGCACUGCAAAAAGAAUCUACAAGUUCAAAUACUGGCAAUGUGCAAUUGUGUGACAAAAAUAAUGUGAAAAGUAUAGGUACAGCUAAUUUACAAUCCAAAAACAGUAUAUUGUCGUGGGGUGAUGAUUCGUGGAUUAAUUGUGAAGGAUUGCUGAAACAGAUAGCUCAAGAUCAAAAUGUAAUUCAAUCCAAGAAGGACAUAUCUAAUUCCAAAAUUAAAAAUAUUGUAAAUACAAAUAUAUCUCUUGCAUUAAAAAAUACGAAAACUUGCACACAAAGCAAUAAGGAAAGUACGAUUAAAAUGGAUAUUAAAAAACGUACUGCCGCACUUAAGGAGAAAGCGCCACGAAAAUCUAAACUGUCAAGAAAAGCGGAGAUAGAUUCUCCUGUGGCAAAUAUAAUCGUUUUCAAAAAGGAACGAAAGACGUCCGCAGAUUCAAAUAAAUCUGAUUCAGAUGACUUUAUCGUUGGUUCGCAGCAUUUCGAAUCUCCUUUCAGUAGUAAUAAAAGCCGUACAAAAACGACGUUAGAAAAAAUACGUAAGCUGCGUUCUCAGAAACUUGCUCAGGAGGAUACAUUAACGGAAAUGAAUAAUUGUUUAAUAAAUUCUCCUAUAAAAGAAACAUCAAAUGACAAGGUAGAUAAAAUAAAAGAAGAAGAACGGGAAAUGACGUCAAAAUUGAAAGAAAUUCCAGCACAAAAUCCAUCUGCGAGUAUCGACAGUGUUAUAUAUAAUUCCGAAGAUGAGAUAGCGAAUAAUUUGACGAGAUCAACUCUUAAGACGAAGCAAUAUGAGAUACAAUCAAAUAAUUUAGAUAAAAAUGUAAAAUUAAAGAUAGAAAAUGUAUUACCUGAUAAGAAAAAGAAUUUGUUGAACGAAACGAUAGAGUGGAAUACAUUGAAUAUUGUGAAAGUUGCGAACAAUAGAGCGACUUUUAAUCUAUUCAAACGCGAAAUAUUAAAGAAGCGAAAUAUCGCGUUAGCCUUACAUUGUGACUUACAUAUAGAUGAUACGACUAAUAUAGGUUCGAAGAUUUGUGCUUCCAAUGCAGAAGGAAAACGAAAAUCCAGAAGGUCUGGGAAUUAUUCGCAUGGAAAUAAAGAAAUUCGCGGUGUUGCAAUAUCCUGGGAGAGCAAUAUUGCAUAUUAUAUCUCCUUCAGUAAUUCACAAGAAUCAAAAGUCUCUGGAAAGGAACAAAUGGCUCUAUUAAAAGAUCUACUUUAUGAUACAACUUUAUACAUGAAAUGUUUCGCGAUAAAAGAUAUAUACAAACUUCUGUAUCAAUGUUGUGGAAUCACCGCCAAAUGUAGAUUUCUUGAUCCUGUAAUUGGACAUUGGUUAUAUACUAAUGAUUCCGAAAGAAAUUUCAAUGAAAUGGUACUGCAAUAUUUUCAACAAGGAAAUGUUAUAAUGAAACGUAUAAAAUCUUGUUACUGUUCCGGUCCUGGAAUGGAUGUGCAAAAUUCUUUACCAGGCGAAUUUAGAUCAGCAGCAGAAGCUGUGCUUACAUGGCAUAUGAUGGAUAAUAUUAUGAAUAAAUUAGAAGAACUUAAUCCUACUCUACUUUAUACAUUUAGAGAAGUAGAAAUGAGAAUUAUGACAACUUUAGCUUGUAUGGAAUUGUCAGGCAUUGGCGUGAAUCUAAAAUCUUUGCAAGAGUUAUCAUCAGUUGUGUCAAAUGAAAUGCAAUCUUUAGAAACAAAAGCUUAUAAUUUAGCAGGUAGAAAAUUUAAUUUUUCAUCAUCCAAAGAAGUCGGUCAGGUAUUAGGAUUAUAUAAAGAUAAAAAAGUCAGUACAAGCAAAACUGUUUUGGAAAAAUGUGAUAAUCCAAUAUCGACCUUGGUGAUUUCCUGGCGAAAAUUAAAUGCAACAAGAACAAAAAUGAUUUAUCCAUUACUUAAUCUAGCCCAAGGAGACUCUCGUGUUCGUGGUAAUUGUAUUACUUGUACAGUAACGGGAAGAGUCUCGAUGCACGAACCAAAUUUGCAAAAUGUGCCAAAAGAUUUUAGUUUUGCAGACAAUAAUCUUGUUGUGAGCGUAAGGAUGGCAUUUGUACCAGCUCUAGGCAACAUAAUGCUAUCCGCUGACUAUUGUCAACUCGAAUUACGCCUCUUGACUCAUUUUUCACAAGAUUCGGUAUUGUGCAAAAUCAUGAAACAGCCGGGUGACAUUUUUAAAAAUAUUGCUGCUAAAUGGAAUAACGUAGCAGAAGAACAGGUAACCAGUGAAAUGCGUCAGCGUACCAAACAAUUAUGUUACGGUAUGAUUUAUGGCAUGGGGGUGAAAUCAUUGGCCGAAAAUCUAUGUAUAAGUGAACCUGAAGCUCAAGAGUUUUUAGAGUCUUUUAUGAGCGCAUAUCCUGGCAUAUAUAAAUGGUUAAAUGACGUAUUAGAAGAAGCACAUCAUGAUGGAUAUGUAACAACGUUACUUGGAAGACGCAGACAACUUCCGGAUUUAAGUAAUACAAAAUCAUCUGUGAGAGCACAAGCAGAACGACAAAGUGUAAAUACAAAGGUACAAGGUUCCGCCGCAGACAUAGUUAAGAAAGCCAUGAUAAGUAUAGAAGACAAGAUAAGAUGUUACUUUCCGGAUUCGGCUAUAAUAUUUCCAGAGGUGCAUACCACUCGCAAACUACGAAGCAAUUUACAACAAAGAGGUGGUUAUUUAGUUUUACAGUUACACGAUGAAUUAUUAUACGAAAUCAACUUAGCAGAUUUAAAGAAAGUUGCUGUUAUAAUCAGAGAAUCAAUGGAAAAUGUGUGCCAACUUACUGUGCCAUUGCCAAUAAAAAUCAGAGUUGGACCUGCAUGGGGUGAUUUAAACGAUUAUCAAUUUUAGCAGACAUAUCUAAUCAU